AGAGUACAUCCCCUAAAGAGGUUUUGUCAACUGAAGAAACAGGGGCUCAACGUCACUCGUUAUCCAAUGAAAAGGCAGCAAAAGGUGAUAUUGUUGGCAGUAUCGCUACGCCGGGAAGCGAAGGUCCAUCCUUUUUGGAAGAACAAAAGACAAAAGACUUGGAAUCAGAGACUCACCAAACAGCAGGAUCAUCAGAGGAUCUGAAUACAGAAUCACAAGGCAGUGCAAAGGCCCAACUGGAAUUAGUAAACGUAAUAAAGCCGGAGCCCCAAACUUCACAUGGAAUAAAAACACCAGAAACAGAGGGGAAUGACAGCCACAACACCGAUAUAUCUAAGAAUUUGCCUGAUGCGCAAGAAACAGAACAUGUCCAAGAAAAAAAUAACGAAAAUCCAGCAUCCAGCCCAGUUAAAGCGCAGAGGACAUCCACUGCCACUCACGAAGAAGCACCGGCUUCGCAUCCAAAUGGAAUUCCUUCUCCACUUCAAAAGGAAACAUUCACUGGGAUGAAGACAACUGAGGAUGUCCAACCUCCGGAAGCCGCAGCAACAAAUAAACCACAAACUGGCGAUAAGUCGAAGGAUGUCGACAGUGACGGCAGCACCGCGGUCUCCCACACCACCUCCCCUCUUUUGCUUCUUCUUGUUGCGGCCGCUGCUGCUGCGGUGGUGGCCGCGUGA